UGAGUUGCCUUGUGCAUGCCAAAGAUUUCAGAUCGGAAAGCAGCAGCAGCAGCACCAGAAGCAAAAAAAGCUCGGCUCGCGACCCGCGGAACGAUUUUGAGAGAAGUCAUCCAUUCUGAAAUACUUGUGAUCUGGGGCCGCCCUAUAAAUAUUGAUUUCCGCGGUGCCAUUGUUGCGGAAUUAAACGCCCUAAUAGACUGCAAUCAUUAUCGAUUGCAUUCCGUUUCUGGUUCUACAGGCGGCAGGUAGCGCGCGUUUACCGGCGGCUUUUCGACACCAAAUCGCGAUCGCUCUCAAUUAAAUGUGUGCAUUUUUUGUUUAUUGUGUGACAAUUCUUAAUUAAUAUUUUAAUCGAUACAGCCAAGAGUAACUGUAUAAUUGGAAUUGUGGAAAUUCAGUGCUUUCAAGUGAAAUCUUAGCUACUUAUACUAUUUAACUCCCAUUUAAAGUUAUCUGGAAAAUACAAAAUAUUUAUAAUAUUUCUAACCAAUACAAAAACCUAUUAAAAAGUUAACUCUGAAAAUAUUAUAAUCAAAUAUCACAUACAAUAUCUAUAAAGCUUAAAACAUAUACUUCAAAGGUGCUUACAGACUUAUGGUAAACAAAAAAAUAAUGAAAAGUGAAACAAAAAUCUUAUUACUCCUCAUUACUCUGUAGACACUGACAAGAUAAAAAAAGUUUAAUCGUAAUAAAGUUACAUUUUUCAAUAAUAUUUAACCCACUUAAUGUUUCCAAAUAUCAACAAAAUAAAUUAAACUAAUCGCUAUUGAUUAAAAUCUAUGAAUAUCGCGAAUAAUAAAUUAAAAAGCCACUGAAUCUGUAACAGAAAAUGCUUCCAGAACUGGUUUAGACGAGUCAGAAAAGGACGAAACUAACGCAACACUCGAACAAUUUCUUAAAGUGCAAGGACCCAAGAAGCUGCAGACAUGGUUUCGGAGGAGAACUGGAACAGCGACACCAUGUCCGACUCGGACAUGAUUGAUUCCAAGAACGACGUGUGCGGAGGGGCCUCCAGUUCCAGCGGCAGCUCCAUCUCCCCGCGGACGCCGCCCAACUGCGCCCGCUGCCGCAACCACGGCUUGAAGAUCACCCUGAAGGGCCACAAGCGCUACUGCAAGUACCGCUACUGCACCUGCGAGAAGUGUCGGCUCACGGCGGACCGUCAAAGGGUAAUGGCCCUGCAGACGGCCCUGAGGCGGGCCCAGGCCCAGGACGAGCAGCGGGCGCUCCACAUGCACGAGGUGCCGCCGACUACAACGGGCACCGCCACUCUGCUCAGCCACCACCACCACGCCGCCGCAGCAGUCGCCGCCGCCCCCGCUCACGUCCACGCCCAUGCCCACAUGCACGGCGCCCAUCACGCCGCCCACGGACACCAUUCGCACCACGGCCACGUGCUGCACCACCAGCAAGCGGCAGUGGCAGCCGCAGCGGCGGCACCACCAUCCCAUUCCGCCGCCACAGCAGCCAGCCUGCACGGCCACGCCCACGCCCAUCACGUGCACAUGGCCGCAGCGGCCGCGGCCUCAGUGCAGCACCAGCACCACCCUCACUCGCAUCACCCCCACCACCAGCAGCCGCCGCACCACCAGCAUCCGCAGCAGCAGCAGGGCGCGCUGCGAUCGCCGCCGCACAGCGACCACGGCCCGGCCACCAGCAGCUCCGGUGGGGCGGCCAGCUCCAGCAGCACCACCGCUGCCACCUCCAGCAGUGGAUCCAGUAGUAAUGGAGGAGCUGGCCCCGGAUCAGGUGCAGGAUCCGCUGGAGGAGGACCCCGGGCAGGCAGCAGCGGCACCUCGGUGAUCACCAGCGCUGACCACCACAUGACCACCGUGCCGACUCCCGCCCAGUCGUUGGAGGGCUCCUGCGACUCAUCGUCACCCUCACCGUCGUCCACUUCCGGCGCCGCCAUUUUGCCGAUCUCAGUCUCCGUCAACCGGAAGAAUGGUGCCAAUGUGCCAUUAGGCCAAGACGUUUUCCUAGACUAUUGCCAAAAACUAUUAGAGAAAUUCCGCUAUCCGUGGGAGCUGAUGCCGCUCAUGUAUGUGAUAUUGAAGGAUGCUGACGCCAACAUUGAAGAGGCUUCCCGGCGAAUCGAAGAGGCACGCGUGGAGAUAAACCGCAUUGUAGCCCAGAUCUACUACAACUACUACACCCCGAUGGCUCUGGUGAAUGGAGCCCCCAUGUACCUGACCUACCCGAGCAUCGAGCAGAGUCGCUACGGAGCGCACCUGCCGUUCACCCAGAUCCGACCACCGACUCCCGAGCCUCUGGCCUUGAGUCGUUCGCCGAACAGUCCCGGCGGAGCGGCGGCCCAUCCUCUCCAGAAGCACACGCAGUCCCUGCCCCAGGCGCAUUCGCGUCCGGGCAGCAGCAACGGCACCGUGCACUCCGCCGCCUCACCCACCAUGGUCACCACGUUGGCUACCACCUCAUCCACGUCCACGACGACGCUCAGUCGCAGGCAGAGAUCGCGAUCAGCCACGCCCACCACGCCGCCACCACCUCCACCGGCGCACAGCAACAGCAAUGGGGCAUACCACCACGGCCACCAUUUGGUGAGCUCCACGGGCGCCACGUAGCAAUAUCGCAACGUUGCUGCCGCCGUGGCAGCAGCAGCAGCGGCAGCUGUCCUUUUUGUCGAUAACUGAAAAGUAUCUGGAAACCCACAACUACUCUGAAACCCACAACAAUAGAUGGCCCAAAAAAUAACCGAAAGCGACAACUCAAACUUCCGAAUUCCCGAAGAAAAGUUAUCUAAUAUCUAACUAGGCUUUGUCUUAUUCCAAGGUGAAGAAUACAAAGAAUAAAUCAUCUAGAUUCUAGACUCUAAAUGUUUAUCCCCCGAAAACGUUUUCAAAUUGAUCUCAAACCGACAAAAAAAAAAUUAAAAAUAUCCAUAUAUAAUUUAAAAAAUUUGAACUAUACUGCAUGUUGAGACUAUGAUAAAUCAUGAUGUGUGUAUCUAUAUAAUUAACUCAUGUAUUGUAUAUAACUUAGUUAAUUUUCAAGUUUCUCUGAAAAAAUAAUCAAGAAUCUAAUAUAGACUUGCACAAAUUUUCACCAGAAAAUUACUCCAGACUCAUAAUAGGCACACGUUUUGAAAAACGAUUCUAGUCCUAAGCUUGAGCACUUUUAUCAAAAAUUAUCGUUGUACAGCAGCAACCGAUUAGCAAGAAAUCACAUCAGCUUAAUCAAGAUUGUUCAAUAUAAAGGGUGUAAUCGAUUUGAGAUUAUCAGCUUGAAACAUUAACUCUUUAAUUAUGUCCUAUAUAGAAAACGUACAUUACAUUUUUGUGGGCUGUGCGCUGCCAUGUUAAGAAGCAUGCGGUACAUUAAUACUUCGUGAGAACUGAUCCGGCUGAUCUGAGAGUAGUGUAGCGUACUGUUCUAAUCUUAAGAUAUUCAUUUAUUAAUUAAUGUCUUCUUUUGUACAGUUUGACAAAAACCAAAUAUGUUAUGCUAUUCAAAUUGUAGUGGAAUUUGUUUGAAUCCGCUUCAACAGACAUCGCGAAAUAGUAACGUUAAGAAAAUUAAAUCGUAGUAGAACACACAUUUCACUAUAAAUGGAACUCAUUGUAAAACACUAAACAAUAUUAAUGGUAUACUAGUUAAUUUUAAUACAAUGCUUCGAAACCAAGAAAUAAAAACAAACAAAAAACAAUUAUAAAAUUAACUUGAAUAAACAUUUCGCUGUAAAUAAAGA